GAGGGGCUAUAAAGCAAUUUGGGGCAUUUUACAGGGUCGUUGCUGCCGGCGAUUUGAAGUUCUAAUUUUUAUUUAUUUCUUUAUUUUGAAAGAGCAAUUCAAAGUUGUUUGUCUCACACUACUCUCAGGUCCUCCGGCAACGACCUUCUUCUCAUCUCCUCCACCGCCGGCAAACCCUGCUAGAGAUCCGAUCUAGGCGCCGAUGAUCAACGCCGCGGCGCCCGGUGGCCGGCAGAUGCAGCAGCGAUCCGGUCACCCUACUCACCACCAGCGCCAGUACUCCUCCGAUCAGUUCCUGCUCUUCGAUUCCGCCUCCGGUGCCGGCGGUAACAAAUGGCUUUCCAACACCCAGCCGGUGGAGUACUCGAGGAUGCUGAGGAGCAUGCAGAAGGGGGAGUUCCUCUCGUCGGCGGGGGCACCAUCGACGCCGCUCGGGUCGAGACCGUCGUCCGGUCAGCAGCGGAAUGGGGGCGAUGUGUCGCCGAGCGAGCUCAGUCCUGGGAUCCUCGAUCUCCACUCCUUUGACACCGAACUCCUCCCUGAGUUGCCAGUGCCAAGUAUGUUUGAGAGUGCGUCGCAGUUUGGGUAUGGUGGUCGUGGGAGAAGCUUUGAUGAUUCAGAUACGAGCUUCGCUUUGAAACAACCGAUGGGCAAGGGCCGUGCAUUGCAGGAGAACAAUCUUUUGAAGAGCUUCUCAUCAGAUAAGGAGAAGCCCGGUUCUGUGGCUAAGAUCAAAGUUGUGGUGCGCAAGAGACCAUUGAACAAAAAGGAAAUUGCAAAGAAAGAGGAAGAUAUUAUUUCAAUUGAACCACAUUCAAAUUCUAUCACUGUACAUGAGACCAAACUCAAGGUUGACCUCACUGAAUAUGUUGAGAAGCAUGAGUUUGUAUUUGACGCCGUGUUGGAUGAGGAUGUUUCAAAUGAUGAAGUAUAUCGUGAAACUGUGGAGCCAAUUGUCCCUGCUAUCUUUCACCGUACAAAAGCAACUUGUUUUGCAUAUGGGCAAACAGGUAGUGGAAAGACAUACACUAUGCAACCAUUGCCUCUUAAGGCUUCUCAAGAUAUUUUGAGACUGAUGUACCAUACACACCGGAACCAGGGAUUUCAUUUAUUUGUCAGUUUCUUUGAGAUUUAUGGAGGGAAAUUAUUUGAUCUGCUUAAUGACAGGAGGAAACUUUGCAUGAGGGAGGAUGGUAAACAGCAAGUUUGCAUAGUGGGAUUACAGGAGUACAGAGUCUCUAAUGUUGACACGAUCAGGGAGCUCAUUGAGAAAGGCAAUGCAACCAGGAGUACAGGAACAACUGGUGCAAAUGAGGAGUCUUCACGAUCCCAUGCUAUCCUCCAGCUUGCUAUCAAGAGAUCUAUAGAUGGUAAUGAAUCAAAGCCAGCCCGAAUCAUUGGCAAAUUAUCAUUCAUCGACCUUGCUGGCAGUGAGCGUGGUGCAGAUACGACUGACAAUGACAAGCAAACAAGAAUUGAAGGUGCUGAAAUCAACAAAAGUUUGCUUGCUCUGAAAGAAUGCAUCAGAGCUCUUGACAAUGAUCAGCAUCAUAUACCUUUCAGAGGUAGUAAACUCACAGAAGUUUUAAGGGAUUCAUUCAUUGGAGAUUCACGCACAGUCAUGAUCUCAUGCAUCUCACCAAAUGCUGGCUCUUGUGAGCAUACUCUCAAUACACUGAGAUAUGCUGAUAGGGUGAAAAGUUUGUCAAAAGGAAAUAAUAGCAAAAAAGAUCCUUCUGUCAUCUCAAGCAUUAGAGAGUCAACUACUUUGUCCCUAUCCUCAUCAAUACCCACUUUCUCCAGCUAUGAAGGCAACAAUACUGAUAUUAACACAGAAACUAGUAAAUAUGGUUGGUCCAAGCAAAUUGAUAAGGAAACAUCCUCACAAUUUAACAUGGAUCGUGCCCCAAGCAGACGUGAGGAUAGGAGGGAGGAAGUGCCUGCAGUUCCUUCAUAUACUAACUAUUACAAGGAACAAAGUAGAGGCUCCACUCCUGCAGAGGACUCUGAUUUCUCAGAGGAAGCAUAUGAGCAAAGCAAGCCAUUGCGAAGGGGAAAAGUGGAGACAUACUCAGCUCCUCUUGAGGAUAAGGGGAGAAGAGUUGAUCAGCAGCCUAAAUGGAAGGAUGUACCAGAUGUUGAUGUUAACAGCUUUUAUUCAGAUGAAGAUCUUAAUGCCCUUCUGAAGGAAGAGGAAGAUUUGGUCAUCGCUCAUCGGAGGCAAGUAGAAGAGACUAUAAGCAUUGUGAGGGAGGAGAUGAAAUUGUUGGAUGAAGCGGAUCAGCCUGGGAACCAGUUAGAUGAAUACAUAUCUCGUUUAAGUGCCAUUCUCUCUCAGAAGGCAGCUGGCAUCGUAAGUUUGCAGGCACGUCUGGCUCAUUUCCAGAGGCGUUUGACGGAACAUGAUGUUCUUGUUUCAUCUCUUGAACCAUGAUACUCAUAAAAAUUAACACCACAUUAUCAUCUAGCGACAGCGCAUGCAUGCAGUUUUUCAGUCAAUGAAUCCUGUCUGCAGGUAAUUCCUGGGCAAAUCAGCAAUCUUUGGCAAAUUCGUAUUUUAUUUGUUGAGAUAAGACUAUGCCCUGUUGUUCGAUUUAUUGUUUGUUUUCGUUUGUUUUUCUCUUGCUGUUGUAUUAGAAUAUAUGAAUACACAUGACCUUUCAAGAGCCAUUUCUUAGGGCUCUUGAACUUAUUACUAUUUGUAUGAUGAGUCACAAAUGUGGUAUUUGAAAUUAUAUAUAUUACAUUGUA